UUUUUUUUUUUUUGGAGGGGACCAUAGAAAAAAUGUCGUGUCUGGAUAUCAUAAGAGGGAUUCUUCCUGGAAUAUUGCUAGUGUCCACUACUGUUUAAUUCAAGGAAAACUUCUCCAAGUCUUCAAGGAAAACUUCUCCAAGUCUUCAGAGUUCAGAGAGAGAGAGAGAGAGAGAGAGAGAGGGAGAGGGAGAGGAGGCGUCACACGGUGGACUAGACUUCUACCUCCGCCAGCGCAGCGGAGGACGGCGGAGAGGGAAGGCUAAGGGCGGUCCUGUUCUGAUUCAUUUGGUAGAACUCAAUUUCCACUGACUGUAGUCGGUAUGUUUCGUCGCAGAAGUAAUUCUCAUCACAAUCAGGAGAGUGAUGUAGUCGAGCCUGAGGUGAAGGUCAAUGAGUUCAAGGCUGCAAUUGGACCACUAUCUGGACGCAGUUUACAGUAUUGCAGCGAUGCAUGCCUGAGGAGAUACUUGGAAGCUCGAAACUGGAACAUAGACAAGUCAAAGAAAAUGUUGGAGGAGACACUCCAGUGGAGAUUGACGUUUAAGCCUGAGGAAAUUAGCUGGCAUGAGGUUGCAGUUGAAGGUGAGACUGGGAAAGUAUUUAGAGCUAGUUUUCAUGAUAGGAAUGGGAGAACUGUUCUCAUAUUGAGACCGGGAAAACAGAACACAACCUCACUCGAGAAUCAGAUGCGACAUCUUGUUUACCUCAUAGAGAACGCCAUCCUUAAUCUUCCAGAGGGACAAGAACAAAUGGCAUGGCUGAUAGAUUUCACAGGUUGGUCAAUGAGCACUAGUGUGCCCAUCAAAUCUGCUCGAGAUACCAUCAAUAUUCUACAGAACCACUACCCGGAGAGGCUAGCUAUAGCAUUUCUCUACAACCCCCCGCGGAUUUUUGAAGCAUUCUGGAAGGUGGUCAAGUAUUUCUUGGAUCCUAAAACAUUCCAGAAGGUGAAAUUUGUGUACCCAAAGAACAAGGACAGUGUGGAGCUGAUGAAGGAAUAUUUUGAUGUGGAAAAUCUUCCGACUGAGUUUGGUGGAAAAUCCUCGUUACAGUAUAACCACGAGGAGUUCUCGAAAUUAAUGGCCCAAGAUGAUUUGAAAGCUGCUGCAUUUUGGGGGUUUGGCAACAAGAACCACCACGCUAAGAGUGAUUAUUCUGCAGCAGAGGUGGCUCCAGAGCCCAUCAGCCUUGCAACUGAAGCAAGAUGAGGGCCUUCUGCUCCUAGUAAUAUUGCAAUAAAGAUGUGAUAAAAUCUCCUUUACCACUGAUGGGGUUGGGGUGGUACAUUUUCACUGACAGAAGCUGGCUGUUAGCUGUUGGGUCUGACUGAGGUUAAUAUUGAAUCUAUAUUAUAUAUAACAGAACAUAAAAUCAUUCUCCCACCUGCUUCAUACUGUUUGCUAGCUUGCAUUCUAUUUUCCUCCCUCAUUAAAACUCUCUCUGCCCCCACGGGCAUGUUUAUUUUGAAAUCAUUAAUUUUGUGCAA